UAUUAUACCGGAUAAUCUUGACUAAAUUCGCAGUAGGUAACAUCUAGGAAAUAGUCAUAUAUUAUUUUCUUUGUAAAUACAUACAAAUAUGUAUGCAUAUGGUCUCUAUUAUCGCAUGUUUAAUGGAGCUGGGGCCCUUAUUUUGAAGUUGCACAUGUAGUCACAGUGAGCUUCCCCACUGAAGGUUUCCAGCGAUGUUCCUGUGUUAACGGUAUAAAAAGGUCAAAGCAGCACUCACGGAAGUAGAGUCUUUGCUGAAGAGUCUCCCGGAGCGUUUCUACAUGAAAACUGACCUCACAGUGACAGUGACGGCUUUAUAAAAUGGCCGUGUAGCAGGUGUUAGGAGCAGCGUUAGUACCUUAGCUUAGCCUGAAUCCUGAAGUGAGUUUGAGAGCAGGUUCGAAUAUUAAGUGAAGCUCAGGUGAGUGUUUACUUCUCUGUGGCAACAUGGAGUGCCUCAGCUCAGUCCUCGGGUGCUGUGCGGGCGUCGCGGUGUGUGCGCUCCUGUUGGCAGCCUACAAACUGGGUUUAGUCUACCAGCUGUUCCACAAGACAGACACACAGAGUCCACGACAUGGAGGCGAGAGCGUGGCAGAGGUGCUCCGCUCCCACGGGAUCAAGUUUGUUUUCACUCUCGUCGGUGGACACAUCUCCCCUAUCCUGGUGGCUUGCGAGAAGCUUGGCAUCCGCAUCGUGGACACCAGGCACGAAGCCACUGCUGUCUUUGCUGCUGAUGCCGUGGCAAGACUGUCAGGCACUGUUGGUGUAGCUGCAGUCACUGCUGGCCCAGGCCUCACUAACACAGUGACGGCGGUGAAGAAUGCUCAGAUGGCUGAAUCUCCAUUGCUUCUCAUAGGCGGAGCUGCUGGUACACUACUUCAGGGCAGAGGAGCACUGCAAGACAUUGACCAGAUGUCUCUGUUCAAGCCACUUUGUAAGUUCUGUGCAUCCAUCAGGACGAUCAGAGAGAUCGUACCUACGAUGAGGAAGGCCCUGGCCAUUGCCCAGUCUGGAACUCCUGGUCCCGUCUUCAUAGAGUUCCCCAUCGACACACUGUACCCCUACCACCUGGUAUCCAAAGAGUUUGGGGUUAAGAACCCUCCCAAGGGCUUGAUGGGAAAAAUUGUCUCAUGGUACCUCAAUAACCACCUGAUAAACCUGUUUGCUGGAGCCUGGGAGACAAGAGAUGCGUCUCCGCUUCCUGUUGACAUCCCACAUGCCACAGAGGAUCAGGUACAAAGGUGCAUAGAGCUGGUGAGUCGAGCCAAGAAACCUGUUAUUCUGCUUGGUAGCCAAGCAACACUACCCCCAACGCCAGCUGAUGACAUUAGGAAGGCAUUGGAGGACCUGGGCAUCCCAUGCUUCCUUGGGGGCAUGUCUCGUGGCAUGCUGGGUAAAAACAGUCCCAUCCACAUCCGUCAGAACAGGAGAGAUGCUCUGAAGGACGCUGACUUGGUGCUUUUAGCAGGCACCGUGUGUGACUUCCGCCUGAGCUACGGCAGAGUUCUCAACAGACGGAGCAAGAUCAUCGCCAUCAACAGAGAUAAAUCACAGCUGCUGAAAAACUCGGAUAUGUUCUGGAAACCAACUAUAGCAAUUCAGGGUGACGCUGGUUCAUUCUUAGUGCAGCUUUCUAAAGGGCUGAAGGGUCACCGCUGUCCAGAAGAAUGGCCUCAGAGCCUCAAAACAGCAGAUUUGACCAAAGAAAAUACAAACCGAGUUAAAGCUGAUGAGAAGACAGACCGCCACUUAAAUCCACUGAAAGUCCUGCACUGUGUGGAUGAGCUGAUGGCAGAGGACAGCAUUAUUGUUGCUGAUGGGGGAGAUUUUGUUGGAAGUGCUGCUUACAUUAUGAGACCAAGAGGGCCUAUGCGCUGGCUAGAUCCAGGAGCCUUUGGAACGCUGGGAGUUGGCGGAGGAUUUGCACUGGGAGCUAAACUGUGCCGGCCUGACUCUGAGGUGUGGAUAGUGUAUGGUGACGGCUCCUUAGGAUACAGUGUUGCAGAGUUUGACACGUUUACGAGACACAAGACUCCAGUUAUCGCUGUGGUGGGAAAUGACGCGUGUUGGAGUCAGAUCUCUAGAGAGCAGGUUCCCAUCCUCGGCAGCAACGUUGCAUGUGGCCUUGCAUUUACAGAUUAUCACACAGUGGCAGAGGGUUAUGGCGGUAAGGGCUACCUCGUCGGGCGUGAGGACGAGGACAGGCUGAGCGACAUCAUCAGACAGGUUCAGAAGGAGACCGCGGAGGGCAGGGCCACACUUCUCAAUGUUCUGAUCGGGAAGACCAACUUUAGAGAGGGCUCGAUCUCUGUUUAGAGCUGCAGCGUUAAUGCUGAGUUGUAAUGUCAGGCUCUGUGACGGAUUUCUGCAAAACAUUUCCACAGUAUGCUGCUUUCUCAUAACAGUUCAGUUAGUAACACAUGAAUAUUAUAAUCAUGUUACUAUCCAUAACCACUUGAUCUAGGACUAUAUAUUUGUUGCAGAAAUUAACUGCCAAGUUCUACAUAGCUACAGAUCAAAUGGAAAAUGUCAUAUUUUGUUGUGUAAGCUCCUUUCAGGGCUGUGUUGUGCUCUUUCAAGACAACUGAUGCAUUUCAAGACGGGAAAGAGAAAAUUAGGAACAAUUUGUUUUUACCUGUUCAGGAGCUUUGGGGGGGGGGGGGGGGUCCGAUUAUUUUUGCCCUUCAACCAGCCUGUUAUCACUUAGAAAGCAAAACAAAUAAUUCCGUCACAUAUAAUAAACCAGCAAAUAAUCCAGUGACAGAAAAUCUUUCUGAUCGAGAGAGACCAUCGUCUUAAGUCAUGAAAUAUGAAGAAUAUGCCUUUUCCUGUUUGUUUGUUUUUACAAGGGUCUGUGGAAACUGUAAUAUUGGUUUUGGAUGAAUAUUUCCAAUGUGUUAAAUGGGAAAUAUUUUUGGAAUAUUGAAGACUGACAAAUGGAAUGCCUUUAAAUGUCUGAUUGUAUCGAUUGAAAAUAUGUUGGUGUUUGAAAUUAGUGGUGGACCGAUUUUUCAAAUUGUCAGUGCUGAUGCUAAUAGUUAGAGGGCAGUGUGGUUGAUUGUCAAUAUACAAUAUUAAUAUCAUGUUUUUAUUUUUUGCAUCUGAUAAAAAAUAAUUAUUUAUUGUCUGAUACAAAAUUGCUGAACUUAAAUAAUCAUUUAUUUAUCAGUAAUAUAUUAUUCAAGAAAUAAAUCUGCAUUAUCUAUUUGUUUUAGCAGAUAUGCACUCUACUUCUAAAUUUCAAAAGACAUAGAUAAAAGAAAAUGUAAAAGUGUUUGCAGACACUAAUGGACCAUUGCGAGUCCAGGCACCAACACGUGUUUAUCUAAUAAGAUAUUGCCCUGAUCAAUCGGCAGACCAAUCAAUCGGUCUGUCACUAAUUCAAAUUAUAUUUAAUACUAACUUGUAUGCAGAGAUGUUUGUUAAAAGGAUGCCUAUACAUAAUAUGUAUUGCACUAUAAUUAUAACUUAUUUACACAGCAGGUGAACAUGUAUGUGUUCUGUGUUAUUUGGUGAUUUGAGGGUUUGUCAACAGUUUGAUCGUGAAAUCUUCAUUUUGAUUAAUUGUCAAAUAAAUUGAGAGAAGAAAGUGGUAA